CCCGGGGCCCCCCGGAGCCCGCGGCGCCCGCGAUGCUCGCGCCCGGGCGGCCCUGAGCCCGCGCGGGUUCGGGCGCUGCCUCCUCCCCACCCCUCGGCCAGGUAGCCGACGCCAACUUGUCCCUGGAACUCCGCUCGGCCCCCUCUCCGGUCCGGGGCGACCUCGGCCCCCUGAGGGCGGCAGCCCCUCCCGAGCGCCCAGAAAGGCCCCCGGGGGGCCCAGCGCCUCCCCGGCUCUUUCUGGAUGGAGGCGCCUCAGGAAGGAGCUGGCUGAACGCUCCGGCCUGCGCCUUCCAGCCCCUGCUGACCACACCUCCCCCGGUGCAGAGGCUGCGUGCGGAGCAGGAAAUGCUGUACCAGCACAGCCGGCUCCCCGGCGUCUCGGUCUGACUGCCAGGAUGGAGCUGGGGCCGGCAACCGAGACCUUCGUGCUGGAACUUCGGUGUCUUGAAGAUGGGGGCCCAGCUCCUGACACCCUCUCAGGUGGCAGUGGUGGGAGUGAGAGUCAGGAGGAAGAAGAGGCUCAGGAGAGGAGCAGCAGCCCACCACGGCCAGCAGCCUCAGCCCCGAUGGGGGCCAGUGGAAUCACCGAGAAAGCCCAGCCAGAAAGGCAGGAGGUGCAGCUGCAACAGUCAGAACCGCAACCAGAGCCGCGACAACAGCCACAGCGGGAGCAGCUGCCGCAGCAGCAACCACAAAGCCAGCUGUUAGGACAUCAGCCAGAAUUGCGGCAGCAGCAAGAUGGACAAGAACAGCUGUCUCAGCAACAGCAGGAGCUACAGGAAAAACCCCCAGCUGUGCAACUGAAACCACAACUACAGCCGGUGCAGCAGCAGGAACAGUUACAGCCGCAGCAGCAAGACGGGCCGCAGCAGCCGUCUCAACAACAGCAGGAGCGACAGGAAAAACCCCAACCCGUGCAGCAUCAGCGACCGAAACCACAACUGCAGCCGCUGCAGCAGCAGGGACAGUCACAAGAGCAGCCAGUGCCAGGGCAACAACUGUUGCAGCAACAGCAGGCACAGCUACAACCACAGCAGCCGUUGCAACAGCAGCAGCUGUUACAGCAGGCACGGUUACAGCAGCAGCAACAGGAGGAACCGUUACAGCCACAGCAGGAACAGUUGCAGCAGCUACAACAGCAGCAACAGUUACAGCAACAGCAGCUGUUGCAGCAGCAGCAGUUACAGCAACAGGAGCUGUUGCAGCAGCAGCAGUUACAGCAACAGCAGCUGUUGCAGCAGCAGCAGGAGCCGUUGCAACAGCAGCAGCUGCAGCCCCGUCCCCUGGAGCCGGAAGAGGAGGAGGAGGUGGAGCUGGAGCUCAUGCCUGUGGACCUGGCGGCUGAGCAGGAGCUGGAGCAGCAGCGGCAGCAGGAGCUGGAGAGACAACAGGAACAACGGCAGCUGCAGCUCAAACUGCAGGAGCAGCUGCAGCAGCUGGAGCAGCAGCUGGAGCAGCAGCAGCAGCUGGAGCAGCAGCAGCUGGAGGGGCAGCAGGAGGUGCAGCUGGAGCUGACCCCGGUGGAGCUGGGGGCCCCGCAGCAGGAGGUGCAGCUGGAGCUGACGCCCGUGCAGCCGGAGCUGCAGCUGGAGCUGGUGCCCGCCGCCGGGGACGGCGGGGCGUCGGUCCCGGGGGCUCCCGCCGCAGUCGUGGUGGCCCCGCCGGGCUACGUGGUGCUGCAGGAGCUCAUGGUGCUGCCGGCCGUGGCGGCGCCCGCGGUCGUGGCAUCCGGCCCGGCGGGCAGCGCGGCGCUCACGCCGCGCCGGCAGCGGCGGCGGCGGCGCGCGCGGGACCGGCCGACCAUCUGCGGCGAGUGCGGCAAGGGCUUCAGCCGCAGCACGGACCUGGUGCGGCACCAGGCCACGCACACGGGCGAGCGGCCGCACCGCUGCGGCGAGUGCGGCAAGGGCUUCUCGCAGCACUCGAACCUGGUGACGCACCAGCGCAUCCACACGGGCGAGAAGCCCUACGCCUGCUCCUACUGCGCCAAGCGCUUCAGCGAGAGCUCGGCGCUCGUGCAGCACCAGCGCACGCACACCGGCGAGCGGCCCUACGCCUGCGGCGACUGCGGCAAGCGCUUCAGCGUCUCCUCCAACCUGCUGCGCCACCGGCGCACGCACUCGGGCGAGCGGCCCUACGUGUGCGAGGACUGCGGCGAGCGCUUCCGCCACAAGGUGCAGAUCCGCCGCCACGAGCGCCAGCUGCACGGCGCCGGCCGCUCCCGGGGCCUCGGCCUGCUGCGGGGAGCGCGCACCCCUGCCUCCGGGCCCCAGCGUUCCGAGCCGGCGGCGGGGGCGGCGGACAAGGCCCCGUGACCCGGGCGAUCGAGGCCGGCAAGCCCAUGCUGGGACGUCGCCACCCCUUCCGCGGUCUCUCUCGGGACAUCCUGGAAUGUCGCUGGGAAAAGGCUUACAUCCUUUCCCCGAUGACCCGAGGCGGGGAGUGCAGAUCACAGGUUCACCCUCAGAAACGCUCCGCAGGAGGAAAACCCAUGCGGCUGACACAGCCCGGGUAUUGCCCAGCGGUCCCGAUUGGUUAGGGGGCGCCCUUGGGUGAGAGGUCCGCCAAAGGUUUUCCCCGGGAAAAUUGGACUUCCUAGACGCGACAGCUACAGGAGAAAACUUGGCAGAGGCAGAUGUGACAAUUGAUGACGUUUGACACAGAUGGGCCACUAACCAGGGAAUCAAAUAUAUGUGGUAAAACGCACAUGAAAAGGAUUUGAUCCUGGCGAAAAUUAUUCCAAGGGGAAAAAAAAAAAGAUGGGGAAAAAAGGAGACUGAUCUGCACUAUGUCGGAAACUGAUCAAGGCAUUUAAUUGUCCUCAGUGGCAUUUGCCUUGAAAAUCCUUUCUAGAAUGAAAAUUCAUCAGGGUGGAUGUAAUCCUGAUUAAAAUGUUUGUGUUCAUGAACACAGGGUCAGAGUGUCCACUGGGUCAGUGUGCAAAUGCCAGAAGUCCUGCCCUGGGCGGAGGCAGAACCUUCGCUCCAGGGUAACCCAGGGUCCCAGCAAGCAUGCAAGGCUGGCUCUCGGCCUCUUUGCUGCCUUGUUCCCAUGCCCGGGGUCCUCUUGAAUAGAAGCCUGUGGCUGAAGCAGAGGGCAUUCUGGGAGUGCUCUCCAAGGUCCAAAGGAGUGGCCCCCAGGAAAGAGCUCUGGGGUAGCCCUGGCGUCCCCGGGAUCUGCCAGCUCUAGGCUUCUCAGACGCUUGCCCAGGGACUGAGACUAUGGGGUUGGGGCCUUGAGCACCAGGGGCGCAGUUCUCCUGGGCCAGGCUGGGGGUCAGAGGGAGAAUGUUGGAAAGAAGAGUUGGAAGCAAGAGAAAUGCUGUUUACGACGUUUACAAAAGUGUUGGGGGUCCGUAAGAGCAGGAGCGAUCGCCGAUGCCUGGGGAGGGCAGGACGGUAGGGGAGGCUGCCCACCACUCUGCCCCCCACGCUUCCUGCCCCUGACUUCCCAUGUGUGGCUGCUUCCAUCCUGCCCCCUCUUUUCCUCCCUGCUUCUCUUUUACUAACACAGCCUGCUACGUUUUACAAGUGUGUUGGUAAGUGAGAAACAAAAGAUGAAAAAUAAAUUUAAAUGAAGAGA